UUUGUAUAGUGCGGAAAACAUAACACCUGAGGCUCCAGCAGUGUUAUUGACUUUUUAUCGUUAAAUUUCAACUAGAUUUGAUUAACUAUAGCUCUUCAUUAUGUCUCAGCAGGCAGGUUAUUCACCCAGCUUCAAGCGUCCGGCUGAAAUCAUGCGAAUGAGGAGGAAAAGAGCCCGAAGCGACGCCGGAGUCUUCUCCAGCCCGAGCGGACAGAGCUCUACCAGCAGUCCCGCACAAAGCGACUCUACUCAGGUCCGACCUUUCUCCCCAGGUCCGCUUUUCAACAACCAGAACCGCUCCGGAGGAGGAGGGAAGAAACGCAGAAACCCCUUCGCAAGCAUUGAGAAUACAUACAGCCCGAAAAAGAAAUUACUCAUUUAUAAUGACGACGGACAAGCAGAAGCUGGGGACAGUUACAACACAGAGAAAACGACAGAAAAGGAGGGAGAGGAGGACAUGUCAGCGAAGAAAGAGAGUCAAGGAGUUUUACCUUUCAGUGCAAGAUUGAUUGAAGCAGAAAAACAGGAACGCCAAGGCAUCUCCAGCAAGAGGAGUCUCACUUUCUCUGAAGAUGACUCUCUGUUUGAAGAAGAAGAGGAAGAUGUAAAAAGUCCACUGCUGAAGAGCCCCCGAGCCAUUGCUCCUGUGUCCAUAGCUCCUCCCAUCUGCACUGAGUAUCCAGCAGACUGGAGCCUGAAGACUCGGCUCCUCUUCACCUCUCCUCUCUCACUGUCGUGGGCAGAGCAGCCCAAAGCUCAGGAGGAAGCUCUGGGUCUCAGUCAGCACUGCAGAGCUCAGUUUGGCACCUUGCCACUAAAUCUACAGGAUCCCAGAUCCUGCUCCGAGCUUCGUUGUGCCUUCCAGAGGAGUCUAGUCUACUGGCAACAUCCGUCCCUGCCCUGGAUCUCUCUGUUUCCCAGGAUCAACGCUGAGAGGAGCUUUGCAGGGAAGAGCACUCCCUGGGCACAAGACACCACACUGCAGCAGAGUCUCAUGAGUGAAUGGUCUGUCAGUCUGUCGUCUCUCUACAGUCUACUUAAAGCCAGACUGUGUCCAUACUUCUACGUCUGCUCCUAUCAGUUUACAGUGCUGUUCAAGGCAGCAGGUCUCGGCUCAAACAGCAUCGUUGCCUUGAUUUCUCCCACAACUAGAGGGCUCAGAGUGGCAAUGAAGGCUGAGGGGAUAGAGUUCAGUCUCCCUCUAGUGGAGGAGAGGAGGAAGAGCAGGGAGCAACAGAACCCGAUAGGGAAGCAGGGAGAGGAGGAGGAGGAGGAGGAGGAGAAAGAAGAGGGGUGCUCUGAGCUGAAGGAGGGUGAGGACUGUCAGGCAGGUGAUGAUGAAGACUUCUCCUGGCUGAAGGAGAUGGGAGUCCAGGACAAAAUCAAGAAGCCAGACAGCAUCACUAUACAACUUCGCAAGGAGGCUCACGCAGUGUCUAUGGACCAUAAACCUGAGUCUGUGGUGUGUGUGGAGGGAUCACACACUUUCACCCUCAUCAACUUCCUCAUCAACUGUAAGAGUCUGGUGGCAGCGGCUGGUUCCCAGGCCGGGUUACCUCCUACUCUGCUGGCUCCCAUCGCUUUCAGAGGAGCUACAAUGCAUACACUGAAGGCCCGCAGUGUGAAUGUAAAGAGCCAGGUUGGUUCUACCUACCAGAACAUCGGCAGUCUGGAGGUUGCAGGACCCAUCCUCCCCUCCUCUCUCCAUGACAUCACAAACCUCCUGCGGACUGCACAGAAAGGAAACUUUUCUGCCUCUCUUUACUCUCACACACCUACAACUGUCAUGAACAUACACAACAACAAGGACCAGCAACAGUGUACAGGUGGCUCAGUGGACCUGUCUGCUUGCGGUCUCCAUCCUGCCUCCAUCCAGCAGCUGCAGAAGCCUUCCAGCCUGGGAAAGACUGCUCUGACACACAUCACUAUGACCAACUCCAGCUACACCUGGAAGAACUGACAGAGGAAGAGUUAACUACAAAGUGUGUUUUACUGAGUGUGUGUUUUCUUUUACAAUGCCUUUAAAAACAGACCUGAUGGUACUUAUUUUGAAUCUCUUUAAAGCUGUGAUCUUUUACUGUUUGAAUUGAUUCCUUCUAGUUUAGAUAGCUUAUUUAAAAUGUGUUUUAAC